AUGUUAGUGGAUGUGGAUGAAGGUCUGGGACCUUCACCGGUGAACUCGUUUCAAAAACGAGACUACAACACGUUUAUUAUUGAUGAUGAUGUUUAUUCAUUCUCAAAUAAUUUUUUUUGAUAAUCUUUUUGAGGUGGACGAAGUUCAGAAUACACAUGAUGACUACAUUUUAUCCCCAUUACCAUUGCCACAACGACUGGAUCUCGAUGGGCUAUACCAAAAAUGUAUAUAUUUUUCUUCAAAUUUUGGCUUUAAUCUUCUCAUUUUCCAGCUAAAUCACCAGAAAGAGUGUUGCGUAGCCAUUCCAAAAAAGGAAAGUUGAAAAUCAGCCCAAUAAAGGAUACAAACGAAAACGGCGAAAAACUCACGAGCUUUCAACAUUCUAAAAUUACUUUGGUGAGAUUGAGAAAGGCCUUUAUUUGUGUAAAUUUGGGUUUUCAGUCUCGAUACGACGAUUCGAUAAAAUUGAAAAAGUCUAAAAGAACGCUGGAAGAUAGUAAAAAGGAACUGGAGCUACAGACUGCACGACUAGAUCAAAUUUGUCGAUUGGUUUGUCGAAUUUUGGCUUUUUUUUUUGAAACCAGGAUAGGCUUCUGUUUUUUCAUUUACAUGGCUACCAUAAAAAAAAAUGAGGUUUUCUAGAGAAAAAUUUCACUUUCUUCAACCGCUAGCGACGUCGCUUCUUCGGUUUAUUCGAGCAGCUCAUUUCAAUCCGGCUCUUCGGAUCAACGAUCUCUAGCCAAGGAAGUGAAGAAAACGAGAAGAAUCGCUGGUGGAAUGAGCAUGGGAAGGACAGCCGGUGGCAGAGAAGCCGGAGUGAUGUCGGCUUUCGAAGAUAGCGACUUCAAGAUUGAAAUGGACACUAGGCCGUGAGUUUUUUGUGUUGAAAUUUGAAAAAAUGAAAAGCUCUCAACUAUCUAAACGAAGAAAAAACUGUUAUUUUGGGCAUAUGGCAAAAAAAAAGCCGUGAGUAGCCCAAUCAGCUGCAGGAAAAAUUGCCGACGAGAAAUGAGCGUCGCGAUAUUUUUAAUUUUUUUUAUUGCUGAUUAUACUUCAAAAACCUAUCUAUAUUUCAUUAGUUCUUUUUUUUCUGCUUUCCAAUCAUAAAAAUAAAAACACUAGAAGUCCGACACGUUGUCUUUGUUUUUUUUGCCCACCCCGGCGAAAUUUAAGCAGCUUCUUCUUCGCAGCUCUUUCUUUCAGGGCUAUUUUUCCGAUCCCUCGAUUUUCACGGCUUUUUUAACAUUAUAUACCCGUAAUUUUUCAUUUAAAAAAAAAAUUUUUUUUUCAGACCCUCGACCGCAUCUUCGAAACGAGCCGAAGUUCCACGCGUAGAAAGGAGCAAAGUCUCGAGCUGUAACGUUUUUUCCGCAGUUCCGACUUCUAACCAAAUCAAAUCACCGAAAAAUAAAGUCGAUGCAGCCGUUAAUACUACUGGUGAGUUGAAAAAAAGUUAAAUUCCUGGAAAAGUGAUAUUUAUUGAAGCUUCUCUGAAAAAUAAUAUUUUUUUAAUCAAUUGUUUUGGAUUGAUUUUUUUGUAAUCGUGGCCCUGUUUUAAAUUUAAAAAUCAGACUUGACUGCUGAUUCAAAAAAAUUUUCAAUUGUUCUAACUUUUUAUACCAUUCGUAUUUAGUAAGCUAGAGCUUUGUUUGUCGCUCCUGAUAAAAAUUAGAAAAUCGGCGAUUUUUUUUUUGAAUGACUAGUGUAUACUAAAAACUGGUAUCCGAAUGAUACCUGUGAUUUAAAGUUUUCAUAAAUUUUUUUGAACUUCCGAAAUAAACAAAAAAAAAACCAAACUUAGGAUAAAAAGCAAUAAAAAAAAUAUUUCAGCGAUCCUGUCAACGGAGGAAUUGCUGAGAAUUUACGAUUCUCGAAUCAGCAAAAAUUUUAACACCUGUGUUUUUCCGGGUGAAAAUUCGUUUUGGAGUAGUAGAAAGUCGAGGAGUCGUAAUGAACAAGAGCGAAGAUGGGAGCAUGAAGAUCAGCCAGGACAAUGCUAUCGUUGUCCGAAUCGUGAAGAAGAAGCUCGAUCUGGUUACGCUAACGUCAGAUGCUCUCGGCAGGAUAAAUUUGAUGCUCUGAUGGACCGCCAGCUCGGCUGUGGAAUGGGACGCUCUUCGCAGGAGCCGGGCUACAGUCGGAAUCGUCAGAAUACUAUAUUCGAUUCGCCGAAUCGGAUCGACCUUAAUGAAAAGGACUUCUUGAAUCUGAGAAGUCGUGACCACUCUUCCCAGAGCUCGGAGCGUGAAAUUUCUGCCCGAGAUCAUCAAGAAAAACAGAACCAGGAUAUGGAGCACGACCAACGUCUCUCUCGAAAAAAUCUGUUUGAGCUUGACCAGAUCCACACACAGCAGUACAUCCCAACGCCGAUACUCACCGCGGCUAGCGAACCGGCCUUCGAGAACCCGAGAGCCGAGCCCAACUCGAGAAGCGAUCCCCAACUUCCUAAUGAGUCUUUGGCGACCAUUGGCAACACGGCCGCUUCGUCUCCCCACAAGAACGAUCUCCAAAACUCGUUCCCGGCCAUUUCCGUUCGACAACUCCGAAAUCCCAUGCCAACCGACUGCAAUAGGUCGUUGCCAAACUUGGGGAGGUUUGUUACUUGUUACUGUUUUUGCUAAAACACGGCGCUUUUUUGACGAAGAAUGUGACCGCCUGCGCCUUUAAAGCCAUAGGGGUAAAAACGGGGUUUCCUGUGAAAGCAGUAUCUUAUAUAUUUUUUUCAUUGCGAUUCGAUCUGUGCUACCAAAAAUCUACAGAUGUGACUAAUUUUGAAGAAAAACGUGAUAUUACUUUCCCGUCUUUAAUUUUGAAAAAUGCUUUGGAUCGGUGUACGGACAACUGUUUACAGUAGCCGUGCACGCGAUGUUGCGGACGUCUCAUUAGACUCGCAUUUUGUGAGAAAUAACCGGAUUUCUGCUUCAAAUCAAGAAUUUCUUUUCUGAAAAAAACAGUUAGUCAAACGGAAAACACGUAUAAUAAAGAAAACACAAAAUAUCGCUAUCCAAAUCGAAACCUGUGUGAAAUCAUCAGUUGUCACCAAAGAAGCGUUUUUGCGAUCAAAGUUUGCAAACUAUACAUGAAUAAAAAGUUUUUGGGACAAAAAGAACUUUGGUGACAACAGAAAAAUUGAAAUUUGAAAGAAACGAAGAAAAAGCGAAAGUCCGAAAAAUGGCGAAGGGUGUUGUCCAUAGAGCAACUUUACUGCAAAACGCCCUUUUUGGCGGGAACUCAAACUUUCCUCUCUUCGACUUUGAAAUAUUUUUUCUCCAAAUCUAGGAAGUUAGGUAGGUUUCCAAGUUCACCGUUCGAUUCGCAAUGAAAAGCUCUACAAAAUACUGCUUUGAGCUGAAACAUCGUUUUUUACUGCCCCUAUGCCUUUAUUAUGCCAUGUUAUUUACGCUUUUCGAGCCGAAAUCUCUGCCGUUUCCAUGGCGUCAUUUAGGAACGGCGAAGGUUUUGACCCCGCCAACCUUAUUUUUGGGUUUGCGCUCACAAAAACGCCGUGAAAAUAAAUACAUAAAAGUUUUCAUGUUUAAAAAUAACAUUAUCCUGGAAUGCUUCGAAAAUUUGACUUGAUAUCCCAAGAGUAGAAAAAAAUUCAAAAAAAAAAAAAAAGAAUAUUCUUUCAAUCUUUAUUCAGGUUCGCCCCACAGAAGUCUAUCCGCCAUAUCUACAGUGAACCGAUCGAUAUCGACAAAAUUUGCUUAAAAGGCGUCAAGAAGGAUCCCGAGAGGUUUUGAAAAGAAAAGAAAAAUAGCAUGAGAAGCUUGGAAACUGGAAGAUCUUGAGAAAGUAUUUGAGAGAAUUUUAGAAGGUAAAAAGUGGAAAAUGCCUGCCAGAAGGUAUGUAGAAGUUUGGGGAAGACGUUUUAUCACUUGCUGGACAGCUUUCAAACUCCUUCCGAAGAACCGAAAUCAGAAGCUUCUCAACUUUCACCUGACUAGGAGAAAUUUCAGUGCCCAACGACACUUUGGUGGGAAAAAUGUUGCAAAGUGUGUUCACGGGGCGACGAUUGAAGAGAGAGAAGCGGCGCCGCCGGCCCUUGGAAAACUGAGAUCGGCUAGGCCGACGGUGGCUUCGACGGCCAGGAGAAGAAGCGUCUCGGCGAGUGAAAGAGGCCGCGAAACUGGGAUGCCUCCCUCACGACGGUCGACCAGCCGUGCUCCUCCCUAUUGUAGCGCUACUCAGGUCUGUGGCAUUUUCGAAUAGGAAAAAGACCCAUGAUUUUUGGGAUUUAAAAUUAAAGUUUUUGGCCUAAUUCCAUUUUAGGGUGUCAUCAUUUACUUUAAUUUAAUAUUAGUCGUAAGAAGGGGUUGGCGGCAUUAAAAACAGUCUGUCCGUGUGAGAAACGGAAUGAAAAAAAAAGUAGAUUGAAUUUUGUGAAAUUUUCUGGAAGUUUUCAUCUUGUGUUAUGUAUUGACAUCCGUGAGUUAGCCAAGCACAUGAUUCUACAUUUUUUGUUACCUGAGAUAUGAUUUUCGGGCACCUACAGUCUAAGUUAUGUUUUGUUAAAUUUAGCAAAUGACCUUAAAGUUAACGUUUUUCCUAAUUUGAGAUUUUCUUUAAUGUUUUUCAAGAGUAUUGCUUUUCUAAGAUUAUCAAGCCCAUAUUUUUGAACUUUUUUGUUAACCCAUAUUGUCUUCCAAGUCGAGAUAAUUUAAAAUAAAGUUUUUAAAGAAACUCGAUGGUAUCUCACAUUCUGUCGGUACGGCUGCUCAGCAACUUCUCGGCACCUUGAAGUCUCUAUUUCCUGAUUGGCUGAAUCUGGGUUUUUCAACCUACUUCUUCAAGGGAUUUUUAAGUAAAUUUUCAGGCCAUAACUUAGUGGAACGACCGUCGAAUGAGAAUAUUGCUGAAUUAUUCCGAGAUGAGAUGGUGAAGAUCAGGAAUUUGACUGAAAUUCGUUACGCCGCUAAUAAAAGGUGAGGUUGAGCGCACAGGAUGUGUAAGAGAUUCAUAAGCGGCUUGCCAAAAGAGAUUUUUUUGAUGCUCUCAUUAAAAAAAUUGAAUGUGGAAAAAUUUUUUUUCAAUAAAAACUACGAAUAUUAUGACCAUUUGUUAUCUAUAUGUUGUGAAAUUUUUUUUUCUGAAUCUUUUUUUGACGUUUAAAAAGGUAUUGAUUAUGUUCAGAAAAAUCCCAAAACUGAUAGGUUUUCAGUGAUAUAUGUCUUCUGUGAAAUUAUGUUCCAAAAAAAUUACCAAAAAAAUGCUAGAAAAAAAUAUAAUAAAAAAACGUAGAAAAAGUUGAAAUUAAAUAUUUGAAAAACUACGUCAAGUGACUUCAUCAUGGUUCAAUUCUAUAGUGGCUCACUAAUGUAUUUCUCGGCUAAUUUUAAAUACUUUGAAACGAUUUGUUUUCAAUAGCUUCAAAUCACUGUUGAUAUGUAUAAUGUGAUUUUAAAAGGUCAAUUAUCAUCAUUUGCCUCGCGGUCGUUUGAGACUAAACAUUUUUUAUGAUUUGCAGAAGCUGUUGCGGAACGAAUGAAGACGAUGAUGAGGCUAUCGCUCGUAUGGAUGUGAUUACUAGAAUUAUCAGAAAGGUUUGAGAAAAAAAAGAAAUCAUUUCCCCACGGGAAUACUCUGACAUGUGACGGAUGUGAAGCGCAAGAAAUAUUUUUUAUGCUUCGAUCAUUUAAUUUCGUUUUCAGUCACUCUUAAAACCAUCCGAGUUUUUAUUUUUCAGCUCAAUUUGCUUAUAUCCGGCGGCGGAAAAAUCUCACGGCUACAACAACUGAAAUACAUUCAAAUGGCACUUCAUUGCGCUUGA